UAAUGAUUUUUUUUAAAAAGCACUAAUACACUAGUUUCCAAAACUAAAUCAUGUCUGAUAAAGAAAAAGAAGUGAAAAAUAAGGGCAGUGGAACCGACAUUAGUGCUCCUGGGGACGCCAAGCCACCGAACGAACAGGACACCAAAUUGAAUAAUAUUUUAAAAAACAGACUCAAGAAAUACAUUAAAAAACUAGACGACACUGGAACGAGCAUAACAAAACAAGAAAGUGAAACAAUUGAAGUCGAGACAUUCAAGGAACUUUAUCAACCUAAAUUGGACAAUGAUGAAUCUUACAAAAGCAUACCUAAAUUUUAUUACAAACUACCCCGUAAUGAUGAUGUCCUAGCACAGAAGCUACGAGAAGAAACUCGAGCACAAUUUCUGCAGAAGAAAAGCAAGGAGCUACUCGAUAAUGCUGAGUUGAAACAUCUCUGGACCCUGUUAGAGAAGACCAACGGGAAUUACAGCAGUUCCAACAAUGAUGAGUUGAUCAUAGACUAUUUUCAAUUUAAGAAGAUCAGAGAAGAAGCUGGACCUAAAUAUAGACCAUAUUUCACAGCAGAAGUUUUCGGACGUCUGCAAGCAGCCGAAGGCAGUGUGGGCAGGAUUCGUGCUGUCUCUCUAUUCAACUAUGUUAUGAGACGAGUGUGGCUGCAGCAGACGAGAAUCGGACUAUCUCUCUAUGAUGUUACAGGACAAGGUUAUCUCACUGAGCAAGAUUUGGAGAGUUACAUAGCAGAGUUAGUCCCGUCUCUGGCAGCUCUCGACGGUCUGGACUCAUCAUUCACCUCGUUCUACGUAUGCACGGCAGCGAGGAAGUUCCUUUUCUUCCUCGACCCACUACGGAUCGGACGUGUAAGGAUCAGCGACGUCCUAUCCUGUUCUUUCUUAGAUGAUUUACUUGAGCUCCGCGAAGAAGACCUACCGAUGGAGUUGCAAGAGCAAAACUGGUUCAGUGCGGCCUCGGCGCUGCGCGUCUACGGGCAGUACUUGAACUUGGACAGAGACCACAACGGGAUGCUCAGUAUAAACGAACUAGCCGGCUACGGCUCCGGCACCCUGACCCAGGCCUUCCUCCAGCGCGUCUUCCAGCAGUGCCUCACGUACGACGGCGAGAUGGACUACAAGACGUACCUGGACCUGGUCCUCGCCCUCGAGAACCGGAAGCAGCCCGCCGCACUCGCCUAUCUGUUCAGAGUGUUGGACAUCAAUUCCGUGGGCUACCUCGACGCCUUCACCUUGAAUUAUUUCUUUAAGGCGAUACAGAAACAGAUGAUAGCCCACGGAGCCGAGCCGGUCAAUUUCGAUGAUGUGAAAGACGAGAUAUUCGACAUGAUCCGACCUAAAGACCCGACCAAGAUCACACUCCAAGACCUGGUGAGGAGUGGUCACGGGCACACCGCAGUCUCCAUACUGCUGGAGCUGCACGGCUUCUGGGCUUACGAGAACAGGGAGGCUCUGGCGGCCGCCGAUCACAACACUUGACACUCGACCGAGGGCGGGAGGCUGGUCUUCGGGAAUAAGGAUUACAAUAAGACUUAAAGUUAUUGAAGA